GUAAAUUUACGAUACACACUGCAACCGUUCGAUUUCUCCAACUGGUUUCAAUCGUCCAAAUUUGUCGAGGGACCACUAAUUCAACACUGCCAGGAACAUUUUUUGGAGAUGAAGCUUACUCGGGUGACAAAGCUCAUACUCGUCCGCGGUAUUUACGCAGCCCAUGCGCUCGCAGCUAUAAUAUACACAAGCCGGGAAUUGGACACCGUAGAUUUGAUAAUCGUGUCUGCCUGUAUGUUUGCUCUUACGGCUGAAACCCUCUUCACUAUAAGAAAAAGCUCGGGCGAAUGGAAAUGGUUUCUUCCCAGUGUACCGAUCUAUCUGACUGUUAUUCUGUGGUGUGUGUGGAAAUUGGAAAUAACUCUACUGGAAAACAGAACAUACGUCAUGAACACAACACACGACUGCGUUACUAGUUGCGAGGGGUUUAACGCAUGUCCUCCGGAUCUAGAUGAUUGUCCCACGAUGGUAACACAUUAAUAUUUUGUUGCCUCA